ACCUGCAGCACUCUACUGCCUUCCCAUCGCGGUCCUCCCCAGCUCCCAACCACCAAGGGCCCUGAGUCUAUCUGGCGCACUGAUGGCGGGGCUCAGUUUCCCUCAUCGCUGCUGCAAGCUGAGCUACUGUGGCUAGUGUGCCCCAGCCCCGGAAUGCAGUCCAGCAGGCAGCGGCCUCAGCAGGCUGAACCGCUCCUGCCCCAGGACUCAAGGUUGCAACCUGGUAGCUGGUGGCCUCGAGUACGGAGUCUCUAGUCCCUGAACAGGAGGGUCCUGGGCCUGUGUCCUCCUCAAGAUAUCCCACAACCUCCAGUUCCCCAACUGUCCAGGGGCUCAGUGUCUCCUCCGCCCUCAGCGAAGCCCAACCUCUCCGCCCAUGCUCGGUGACCAAUGGGCUGCGGAGGCCCCGCGCGGGGCGGAGCCCGGUCACCGGAGGAGGCUGUGCCCGGACCCGGCGGCCAUGGCAGCUCCCGAGCCUCUGUCCCCUGCGGUCGCGGCCGAGGAGGCACCGGAGGAGGAUGAGGACGACGCGGAGGCCGAGGACCCCGAGCGCGGGGCGGGCAGCGGAGGGCGCAGCUGCAGCCUCGGUGGCAUUGGAGGCAGCACGGCGGGGCCUGGGCUGGCUCUCGGGGGCGCGCUCACGAGGCGCGCGGUCACGCUGCGGGUGCUGCUCAAAGACGAGCUGCUGGAGCCCGGCGAGGGGGUGCUAUCGAUCUACUACCUGGGCAGGAAGUUCAUUGGAGACCUGCAACCGGAUGGCAGGAUCCUGUGGCAGGAAACCGGGCAAAUCUUCAACUCUCCCAGCGCCUGGGCAACACACUGCAAGAAGCUCGUCAACCCAGCCAAGAAGUCCGGUUGUGGCUGGGCAUCGGUCAAGUACAAGGGCCAGAAACUUGACAAGUACAAGGCUGCCUGGCUCCGCCGACACCAGCUGCAUAUGCCGGUAGCUGCUGCGGAUGAGAGUCCCACCAGCGAAGGGGAGGAGGAGGAGCUGCUGUUGGAGGAGGAGGAAGAGGAUGUGCUGGCCGGGGUCUCCGCAGAGGACAAAGGCCGCAGACCUCCUGGGAAGGGCUCCUCUGAGCCAGAGGCCACGCCCCCUGGCAAGCGUGUAGACAAGGUCCAAGUACCAGUACGUUACUGUAUGCUGGGCAGUCGUGACUCUGCCAGGAAUCCCCACACCCUGGUCGAAGUAACGUCCUUUGCUGCCAUCAACAAGUUCCAGCCAUUCAACGUAGCUGUUUCCAGUAACGUGCUGUUCCUCUUGGACUUCCACUGCCACCUGACUCGGAGUGAGGUCGUGGGCUACCUUGGCGGUCGCUGGGACAUCAACAAUCAGAUGCUGACUGUGCUGAGAGCCUUCCCCUGUAGGAGUCGGCUGGGGGAUGCUGAUACCGCGGCCACCGUUGAGGAGGAGAUCCACCAGGUGCUGUUCCUUCGAGGCCUGUCCCUAGUGGGCUGGUACCACAGCCACCCACACAGCCCCGCAGCGCCCUCCCUGCAGGACAUUGAUGCCCAGAUGGAGUACCAGCUGAGACUGCAAGGCUCCAGCAAUGGCUUCCAGCCCUGCCUGGCCCUGCUGUGUGCCCCGUACUAUUCCGGCAACCCAGGCCCCGAGUCCAAGAUCUGCCCUUUCUGGGUGAUGCCUCCUCCUGAGCAAAGGCCCAGUGACUAUGGCAUCCCCAUGGAUGUUGAAAUGGCCUAUGUCCAGGACAGCUUCCUGACCAAUGAUGUCCUUCAAGAGAUGGUGCUGCUGGCAGAGUUCUACAAGGGUGCCCCCGACCUCGUGAGGUUCCAGGAGGCUUGGAGCCCAGAGCACACCUACUUGGACAAGCUCAAGAUAUCAUUGGCCAGCAGGACUCCAAAGGACCAGGGCAUGUGUCACGUGCUGGAGCAGGUCUGCAGCGUGCUCAAGCAGGGGAGCUGAGGCUGUGUAAGCCCUGCUGGCCUGGGACAGGCUGGGUAAUAAAGUUUAAGUACCCACACCACGGGCCUGUGGCUGCGGUGGGGUGGUGGGGCUGUGUGGGGUCCUUGCUAGGAGACAGGAUCACCCUCAAUCAAAAUAGGACAAUGGCUGUAGAAAGAGACAUUUAAUACUUCUUAAAAAAUCAGGAGUAGAGUUCGCUUCAGCCCAGGCUGGAGCGGGACAUUGUUGCCCAUCUGAGAAUGUGGGGUGUGGCCCCACAUGCCAGGGAUGAGCCAUAAGUUGCGGGGCCGCUGUAGAGAGGAAUGUGACUGAGCCCAGGCUGGAGGCCUCCCUUACUGGCACCUGGCGGGAUGUGAUGCAGAGCUGGGGCUGUGGCGGCCUGCUGGUACGAGAAGGGCCUGCCUGUGGCAGCCAAUAGGUGCAGGGUCCCAUGGAUAGGCAGCAUCGGGGCUGGCUCCAAGGUGCCAGGGCCCUGGGAAUGUCCUCUCUCGGGGGCCUUUGUGCUUGGCUUUCGGCAAGGCUGAGGCUGGUUCUGUGGUCCCAUGGGCGGUGUGUGUGGGGGUGUGUGCGCGCGCGUGCGCGCACUUCCACAUGUGCAGCUGGUGCUAAGUAUUUCCGUGUGCCAAGUUGGGGUACUGGCCUGCCUCAACUUGCAGGCUGGGGACCCCAAGGAACCGCCUGCCUUUGGGGAGCCUGGAGAAGGGGCCGGGGCCCAUCGCCAGCAACGGGCUGGGAGGGUUUGAAGCAGGUGGGAGCUGCCACCACCAGGAAGGCGAAAGAACCUCAGGGCAGGCCUUCCCAAGUCUUAGGAUGAGGGGCCCAGGGCUGGGAGAGUGGGGAGGAGGGUCCUCCCUGGAGGAACGUUAGUGUUUCUAGAGCACCUUGGCGUUAGGCCACUGCCACAAUGUGCAGGCAGCCAGUGUGCAGGCGCGGUCACUGAGGCAGGGGCACCAGCACCUGCACAUAGCUGAGCGGGAAGAAGCCCGACUGGCCGUGCAGCAUCCCCUCGUACCAGUUCUCGUCGAUCUGGUUGGUGAGUGUGAUGAGGUCACCCUCUCGGAAGCCCAGCUCGCCAUCAUUCUCGGGCUCAAAGUCAUAUAGCGCCUUGCAGCUUGGCUGGUCCAGGGGUGCUAGGAUUGGGGUAGGGAUGUCAGGGCACAUCAGAUAGGCCAAUGGCCAAGGUGGGUGGAGGUCAGCCCUACUUUGACACUCUGGGCCAUGGGGUGACCCUGAGUGAGCAACCUGCAGCAGCCGGGGGGGGGGGGAUGCAGCCCCUCUUUCCCUCGCUCACCCCAAAGGACAGCAGCCACAGUGAUGCUUUCACCCCUAGAUACUCACGCAUACUCCUGCUAGGUGUCCUGGCAGGCUUGUCUGCUGAUCUGAACGAUGAGGAAGCUGUUUAUGGAGGAGAGCAGGUGUGAGUGGGUGGACUGGCCCCGCUCCAGCCCGGACACCUUCCAUGGGGCUUUGCUACCUGUGAUCUUGGGUGCUGGGGCGCAGGGGAAUCCCCCAUUGGGCUGCUCUGGCUCUCCAAGGUCGAAGGGCUCCCGUGGCCGGGGCUUGAACUCCCGCCUGGGGCGUGAGGAGGCUUCCCGCACCCUGCAGGAAUGGAAAGCCCAGAGCUCCCACAUCUUUCCUCUUUUACCUGUGGUUUCUGCUGCUGUCCUAGGGCAAGGGAUAUCCCUAACCUAAGUCCCUCCAUCCACAGAGGCUGCCCCUGGACGCCCAGGGAACUGCCAUCUGACUUAAGCAGUUUGCAAAGGAUGUGGACUUGAGCAACUGGCCCAGCUAACUCCUUGUGCUGUCAUCUUCUGGCUCAGGCCACCACUGCCAUCUCCCAUAGGCCUCUGCUCCUUCCUGCGACUUCACUGCUGCUAACACACACAGCUCCAAGGACCCUUCACUGACACAACCCAGCAUCAGGGCACUGCCGGAACCUGGCCUUGGCCUGGCAGGUGGGGUGCACCGUCCCUGCUUGCCAGCAGAGGGCACCAGCAGCCACAGGAACUGCGGGAGGUGGGAGGGAGUGGCCACUCACCUUCGCUUCAGCUUGUCUGCCAGCUCCUCCAGGAUCUGCACUGCCUGCCGGUGGUAGUCCAGCUGGGCAUCCACCAGGGCCGAAAGCUGGCUCACUUGCUCAAUCUGCAGACAGGAAAGGGCCAAAUGACGUGACCACGCAUCCGCCCUGGAGACUCAGCACUCUAACCUGGGAGGGCAGCCCCUCAUUCUAGUAGAAUGGUAUCCCGGGUCCUCGGCCCUCCUGACACGCACAUCAGUCUCCAGGAGGUUGUGCAUGCUGGUCUCCGCCACCUCCUUGGACUCCUCAAACUUCUCCAGGGCCUGGCGUAGCUCCUCAUCAGGGAUCUUGCCCUGUCGCUUCUUCUUGUAGUCAAAGUCCAGGCGGCGGCCCUCCAGCUUCUUCAGGUGGUGCUGUGGGCACAGACAUGUGAUGGAGUACAGCUGCACGGGGGCACCCUCCCCACCAACCCAGGGACCCAGGGAUGGGGUGGCACCUGGAUCUCCUUCAGGUCCUUGUCACACAGAUUCUGCAGCGGGUCAAUGAAAUUCUGUUUGACUUCGA